CAAAACCAAAUGGGAAAGAAAGGUAUAUAUAUUGAUGCAGAAGCAGAAGGGAGAUAGAAACAAGAAAGAAUUCCAAGGAAGCGAAAGGACAUGGAGAAUGUGAAAGUGGGAAUGCUGGAAGGUUUGGUGAUAAGGAGCCAAAACCUGUCCUUCAAAUCCCUCUUCAACCGCAAGAUCAAUGCCAAUGCUAUUGCCGGCGAAAAGGGUGAAUCUUCUUCCCCUUCUUCUCUCAAUUCCCCAAGACCCAUUCCCCAGCUCUCUCCUCUUGCCAAUUCUGUCGUCUCUCGCUGUUCAAGGAUCCUGCAAAUCCCAACUGAAGAGUUACAGCAUCGUUUUGAUACAGAGCUACCUGAGAGUGUUAAGGAACUUCUUACCUAUGCAAGGAAUUUUUUAGAAUUUUGUUCAUACCAAGCACUCAAUAUAGUGAGUGGACAUGCAGAUUAUUUGAGUGACAAGGAGUUUCAACGUUUGACUUUCGACAUGAUGCUUGCAUGGGAGGCUCCCAGUGUUGAGAGUGAACAAGUAGACAAAGAAACUGCAACUUGUAGUAAUGAGGAAGUAGAGGAGGAUGAUGGAUGGUCACUUUUUUAUUCAAGUUCCACAAACAUGGCUGUUCAGGUUGAUGAGAAGAAAACUGUUGGACGGGAGGCUUUUGCACGUAUAGCUCCUGUUUGUGCUCCUGUUGCAGAUAUAAUUACUGUACACAACCUUUUUGAUGCACUCACAAGCUCUUCAUGCCAUCGACUUCAUUUCAUUGUAUAUGAGAAAUACAUAAAAAGCCUUGACAAGGUUGUUAAGGCUGCAAAAAAUGCAUUGGCUCCUUCUAUUGGAAAUCUUGAGCUUGCUGAAGGAGAAAUCAUCCUUGAUGUUGAUGGUACUAUUCCUACUCAACCAGUUCUGCAACAUAUUGGUAUUACUGCAUGGCCUGGAAGGUUGACGCUGACCAAUUAUGCACUGUACUUUGAAUCACUGGGUGUUGGUUUAUAUGACAAAGCUGUUAGAUAUGAUCUAGCAACAGAUAUGAAGCAGAUCAUAAAACCUGAAUUGACUGGACCAUUGGGUGCUCGUAUUUUUGAUAAAGUGGUUAUGUACAAAUCAACAACCAUAACAGACCCUGUUUAUUUUGAGUUUCCUGAAUUCAAAGGGAAUUCUCGCCGGGAUUAUUGGUUGGAUAUAUGUCUUGAGAUCCUUCGUGCUCACAAAUUUAUCAGGAAAAACAACCAUAGAGAGAAUCAAAGGUCUGAAGUACUUGCUAGGGCUAUUCUAGGUAUCUUUAGGUACCGUGCAGUUAGAGAAGCUUUCCACUUCUUUUCAUCCCAUUACAAAACUUUACUUUCUUUCAACCUUGCGGAAAGCCUCCCAAGGGGAGAUUUGAUUCUUGAAACUCUGUCAAACCGCUUGUUUCUUUUAAAUGUUGCUGCUGUCCAACAUGAUGUUUCUGGGAGUCCAUAUGCAAAACCGCUGCAAAAGCUGUCGCCGGUUUCACUUCAAACACUUCGUCUAUUUGGACUCAUAUUACAAAAAGAUAUAAACCCUGACGAAGAAGUGAUAAUAGCAGCAGAUGUCUGUGUUGGUGAGACAAAUCCCCUGGAGAUAGCAGUGAAAAAGUCUGUGUCAGAUGUAGGAAAGGCUGAAGCUGCACAGGCAACUGUAGACCAAGUGAAGGUGGAAGGGAUCGAUACAAACCUUGCAGUAAUGAAGGAAUUGAUGUUCCCGUUUCUUGAAGCAUCUAGGCGUCUUCAACUUUUGGCUUCAUGGAAAGAUCCUUAUAAAUCAACAGUGUUUCUGAUGUUGGCUUGCUACUCUAUUUUAAGAGGUUGGAUCAGAUAUAUGUUUCCGUCCAUUUUUGUAUUCGUUGCACUUCUCAUGCUGUGGCGCAGACAUUUUAACAAAGGGAAGCCAUUAGAACCCUUCAGAAUCACACCUCCUGCCACUCGAAAUCCCGUAGAGCAGCUACUUACAUUACAAGAAGCCAUCUCUCAUGUAGAAGCACUGAUCCAAGCUGGAAAUAUCAUACUCCUAAAGAUUAGAGCUCUCCUCUUUGCUGUUCUUCCACAGGCAACAGAUAGGAUUGUUAUAUUGCUCGUCGCCAUGGCUGCGGUGUUUGCAUUUGUGCCACCGACAUAUAUUUUUCUGCUAGUAUUUGCAGAAGCUUUCACGAGGGAAAUGCCAUAUAGGAAAGAAACCAGUGACAGAUGGGCGAGGCGGGUCAGAGAAUGGUGGAUCAGGAUACCAGCUGCUCCUGUUCAACUCAUUAAACCUGUUGAAGACAAAAAAAAGAAAUCGUAAAUUAUGUGAAACAGUAGUAAGUUGCAAAAUGUUUAGGUCAAUUCCACUUACUGUCAUUGCUCAUAACUGUAUAUAUACGCAAGGUUUAAGCUUUGGAAGGGUAUUGAUGCAGAAUCUAAUACCUUGUCAUGUAAUUCAGCUAUAUAUAUAUAUAUAUAUAUUUUUUUUUUU